AUGAAUAAAGAAUGGUACCAACAUUCAUGUGGUUGUAACCACUUAUUUGAGCUGAAACAACAUGAGAGAAUACACACUGGGGAGAAGCCUUACCACUGCUCCCAGUGUGGAAAGAGUUUUAACCAGAAAGGAAACCUGAAAACUCAUGAGAGAAUACACACAAGGGGGAAGCCUUACCGCUGCAUGCAGUGUGGAAAGAUUUUUAACGAUUUGGGAAAGCUGGAACGGCACGAGAGAAUACACAGAGGGGAGAAGCCUUACCACUGCUCCCAGUGUGGAAAGCGUUUUAACGAUUUGGGGACGCUGAAACGACACGAGAGAAUACACACAGGGGAGAAGCCUUACCACUGCUCCCACUGUGGAAAGCGUUUUAACGAUUUGUGGAAGGUGAAACGACAUGAGAGAAUACACACAGGGGAGAAGCCUUACCACUGCUCCCACUGUGGAAAGUGUUUCAACCAGUCAGGGGAGCUGAAACGACAUGAGAGAAUACACACAGGGGAGAAGCCUAUGCACACAGGGGAGAAGCCUUACCACUGCUCCCACUGUGGAAAGUGUUUCGUCCAGUCAGGGGAGCUGAAACGACAUGAGAGAAUACACACAGGGGAGAAGCCUUACCACUGCUCGCAAUGUGAAAAGAUGUAUAGGCGGAAAGGACACCUAAAAGCUCACGAGAAAAUUCAUACAGGGGAGAAGCCUUACCAAUGCUCCCAGUGUGGAAAGUGUUUCACCUGGGCAGGGGAUCUGAAAAAACACGAAAGAAUACACACAGGGGAAAAGCCUUACCCCUGCUCCCAGUGUGGCAAGUGUUUCAAUGAGACAGGGGAUCUGAAAAAACACGAAAGAAUACACACAGGGGAGAAGCCUUACCCCUGCUCCCAUUGUGGCAAGUGUUUUAACCAGUUAGGGGCCCUGAAACAGCACAAGAGAAUACACACAGGGGAGAAGCUUUACCACUGCUCCCAGUGUGGCAAGUGUUUUAACCAGUUAGGGACCCUGAAACAGCACAAGAUCAUACACACAGGGGAGAUGCAUUACCACUCCUCCCAGGGCGCAAAGCAUUUGCCCAUUUAGGAAGCCUGAAAGAACAUGAGACACAGAGGAGAAGGCUUUACAGAAGAUUAGAUUUUGGGAAAACAUAUUACUCAUAACAAUCACGUAAACAUCAUUAGAGAAUCUACACAGGAGAGAGAAAUUACUUCUCUUAGCAUGUAUAUUGAUAUUUCACAUCUCAUUGACUCACAACUCAUCAGAGAACAUACACAGUGCUCCCAUUGUCUUAUAUUGUUGACUGAUAAUGUG